UCUCCCUGUGCACAAUGCAUAAAGGAUGGAAAAAGUACUCCGGCCAGAAGUCUCUGAAUGAGGCGUCAAUGGAUGAAUAUUUAGGCAGCUUAGGGCUGUUUCGAAAACUGACUGCCAAGGAUGCCUCUUGCCUCUUUCGGGCUAUUUCGGAGCAGUUGUUUUUCAGCCAGGUCCAUCAUUUGGAAAUCAGGAAGGCUUGUGUCUCCUAUAUGAGGGAAAAUCAACAAACUUUUGAGUCUUAUGUGGAGGGAUCUUUUGAGAAAUACCUGGAACGGUUGGGAGAUCCCAAGGAAAGUGCUGGCCAGCUGGAAAUAAGAGCUCUUUCUUUAAUUUAUAAUCGGGACUUCAUUCUUUAUCGCUAUCCUGGAAAACCUCCAACUUGUGUCACAGAUAAUGGCUAUGAAGAUAAGAUUCUACUCUGCUAUUCCAGUAAUGGUCAUUAUGAUUCAGUGUAUUCAAAACAGUUUCAGUCAAGUGCAGCUAUUUGUCAAGCUGUUUUAUAUGAAAUUCUCUACAAAGAUGUGUUUGUUGUGGAUGAAGAAGAGUUGAAGAAUGCAGUUGAAUUGUUUCGAAGUGGUUCUAAGAAGAAUAGAAACAAUGCUAUUACUGGCAGUGAGGAUGCCCACAUUGACUACAAGAGUUCAACUCAGAAUAGGACUGAAGAAUGGGAUGCAAGCUGCAAUGUUGAAAAUAUACCAGAGGGGUACAAUCAAGGAACAGAGGAAACAAAGAAUGAAGACUUAAAGGGAAGGCUGAUGAGUUUUGUAGCAUCAUUAUUUUUGUUUAAGUCUCCAGAAAAUCCAUCAAAGAUGCUCUUCCCCUAUAAGGUGCUCAAAGCGUUGGAUCCAGAAAUCUAUCGUAAUGUAGAAUUUGAUGUUUGGUUGGACAGCAGAAAAGAACUACAAAAAUCUGAUUUCAUGGAGUAUGCUGGGAGACAGUACUAUUUGGGAGACAAGUGUCAGGUUCGUUUGGAAUCAGGUGGAAGAUACUACAAUGCUCAUAUUCAGGAAGUUGGAAAUGAAAACAAUUCAGUAACAGUUUUCAUUGAAGAAAUGGCAGAAAAGCAUGUUGUUCCACUGGCUAACUUAAAACCAGUUACUCAAGUGACACCUCUUCCUGCCUGGAAUGCUGUGUCCUGUCGGAAAGGAAAAGGUUUCCAGAAAAUUCCUGGGGGCUAUGUCCCAGAAAUGGCUAUGCCAGAGAUGGACAUAAAACAACGGAAGAAGAUGUUCAGAAAAGUUAGAGGGAAAGAGUUUUAUAUGACUAUGGCUUAUAGCAGGGGAGAACCACUCCUUCCGCCCAGGCUUCAGCACAAUAUGCAUUAUGGGCAUGACCCUUCUAUGCACUACACACAGACAGCUGAAAGUGUUAUGGCUAGUGAACCCUUUCAUCCUCAGCAUACACCCCAGAGAGAAAGUCGGGGCUAUGGGAUGCCCAGGGAUUCACCUCGUUUUAUAAACAGGCACAACAUCAUGAGUCCUAAAAUUGGUUUUUACCCUGGCCCAGGUAAAAGGUGCUGCCAGAGUUAUGAUAAUUUCGCCUACAGAUCUCGGUCUUUUAGACGCAGUCACCGCCAGAUGCAUUGUAUGAAUAAGGAGUGCCAGUAUAGCUUUGCCCCGGGGAAUGGACAGAUGCCCAGGGGCUUGGAAGAAACCAUUACCUUUUAUGAAGUUGAAGAAGGGGAUGAGACUGCUUAUCCAACUUUACCUAAUCAUGGAGGUCCAUCUACAAUGAUUCCUGCUCCUUCAAGAUACUGUGUUGCAAGGCAAGGACUUAGCUCAGGCAAACAAACAUUAAAUUCAGAGGAUGGUGAUAGCCAAAUUGACAAUGGUGGAUAUCAUGAAGAAUAUGUUUAUCCUUUAGAAUCAGACUAUGAAACUUCAGGUGUUUAUAGCACAACUGAAUCUACAGCAAACUUGUCUCUUCAGGAUAGAAGACCAUGCUCUGUGUCCCCUCAGGAAACACUUACCUCAUACGACUAUCCCCAGAAGGUGAUGGUAAAUUCUGCAGCAGUUGCAUCUUCCUGUGCCAGUAAUGAUCCAGCUCCAGUCUUAUCUAAUUGUGCAACAGCUAAUGAAGCUAGUAGUACCACUUCAGUUUCCUCACAGAAUUCUAUGCAGCCUCUAUUUGUUUCUCCACCUACACAAGGCAGGCCAGUGAUGCCUUCACCAUCCUAUCCAUAUCUUCCUGCUUCGAUUCCUGCUACUUCUGCUUCUCUACCUAUCCCACCACCACCUCCUUUUGAGGUGGGAGAGGCAUCAAAUUUACCACCACCACCACCACCAUAUUCCUGUGAUCCAAGUGGUAGUGAUUUGCCUCAGGAUACAAAAGUUUUGCAGUACUAUUUCAAUCUGGGAUUGCAGUGUUAUCACCACAACUACUGGCACUCCAUGGUCUAUAUACCACAGAUGCAGCAGCAACAGCACCUGCAUAUAGAGAAUUGUCCCAUUUAUACUGAGCCACCUCCUAUUGUAGAUCAAACAGUUCCUCACUUGUAUAAUGAGGUGGGCAGACAAGAUGGCACACCAGUAGAAGCAUCAGCAAAUGGUACAUUUCCAAAUGCUGAUCCUGCAAGUGUCCCUCAAGGAACAGUCUAUUAUCCAGUGAUGCCAGAUCCCUAUGGGCAGCCACCUCUGCCGGGAUUUGAUUCCUGCAUUCCUGUUGUGCCAGAUUAUACCUGUGUUGCACCCUGGCAUCAUCCAGUUGGUGCAGCAUAUGGUGGUUCUCCUGUUCAUGGGGCUGUGAAUCCUGGACCAGUUGGUUAUAUUGCUUCACCUUCCUCAGCUUCCCAUUAUGUACCUCAGAAUAUGUAACAUUUAGCAGUAUGAAGUAUUCUUGAAAUGCUAUUUUUCUUGCUGUUUUUUAAUUUUAAAAAUUUUGUUAGCAUUUAAGUGAUUUAUAUAAAGUAGUUACUAUUAUAUCUGCCUUUAAGAUUAUCUUUUCUUUUGAUUUAAAAUAAAGGGCUGUUACUUUGAGCUUUGAAUAAGGAAAUUGAGAUGGAUAUGCAACUAGCUCCUAUUGAACAUCCCUGUCAUUGAGCUGCUGUCAUAUCCACCAGCUUCUCAACUUUGUAUUAGUUGAUGGUACCAGUUAAUAAAAGGAAUGACAUCUGAACUAUUUCCUUGGUUCUGAUGUCAGACAUUCUAUUAAACAAUGCAAAAUUGGAAUGACUACCAUUUUUUUCUAGAUUAUAUAAAACAUCAAAACCAAGAGCCUUUGCUUCUGGAUGACUGUCUUGAUAUUAAAUGAGAGACCUCUUUAAGUUUCUUAAGAACUGUCUGAACCGAGUUGUGUUCUCUGAUACUAAUCAGUUUUGAAGGCACAUGGUGUUCUGCUUUAGAUUUACCACAUAUGUUAUUGUUUAAUACUGAAUUUAUGUAACUUUUACUGCACAGUAUUGAAUUGGUGUCCUUUGCACA